AUGUACUUCCUUUAUCUGUUCAUCUGUGGGACCACUUACACGGCAAUUCGCAGCAUGUUUCAGUGGUCGCCUAACACUGUCACCGACUGGUUCCGAUUUGCGCAGCAGUUAAUCGGUGAGAUGGUCUUGGAGACGAUGGAGAACUAUCAAAUUGGUGGGCCUGGUGUGGAGGUUGAGAUAGACGAGUCCAAAUUCGGUAAGAGGAAGUAUCAUUAUGGGCACAGAGUAGAAGGCGUCUGGGUUUUUGGUGGAGUUGAAAGAACCCCGGAACGCAAGUGCUUCCUCGUGGCUGUACCCGAUAGAGAGAAACCUACUUUAGAGGCCCUUGUUAAAGACUUCAUUCUACCGGGGUCUAUCAUUGUCAGUGACAAGUUCCCCUCCUAUGAGGACCUUGAAGGAAAGGAGGACUUCUGGUACCAGCAUGAAGUCGUGUCUGUUUGCGAUUUGGCCCUCGUGCAAACCAUCAUAAAGCAGCAGCGGCAACAAGCACACCGUCAUCGGGCAACAGCAUCACACCAGUCCGAGCUCGAAAUAGCUCCACCCCCAAGUGUCAGACCCAGGGCCAUAGAUGAGGAAGAGAAAGAAAUAGAGGACAAGGAAUAUGUGCAUGUGGAUGCGGCAAAAAAGAGCGGAAUCGAGUCUGAGGCAGAGAGCGAAGACUACAGUUUCACGGAGGAGCUUGAAUUGCCCACAGAACUCCGAGGUUUGAAGGAGGAGGAUACAGAGUUUGAAUUUGAGGAGGAUCUUGAAGAAGAACUGCGAAGUCGUGGCUUUACGGAUCUGCCGGUUGUCCUUGACCCCAAAAGCGGAAAGGCCAGACUCAGAAUGCCAACUGGAGCCCACAACCAAUUGACCUCAAAGACGACUGGAAGGGGCUCACAUCUGUGA